UCCACCUUGCGCUAAGAGUGUCCAAUUCUCCAGUCACUGGGUGCCAUGGCUUCUCCUAAGGAUGGGCACAGCAUCACAGGCUAUCCUCGCGCAGAUGUCGAUUUUGAGGACCGGCUGGCUCCGAGGCUGAGUGCUCAAUUUUCUUCGGAGGAGGUCCAGCGGAGUCGCUCCUUGCUGUCGCCCAAGGCGGUGUCCGAGAACAUGUCCAGCAGGCGAGCCCGAGAUGACAACUCAAUACGGCGGGAGAUGGAGCUGCUGGAGGAGAAGCUCAUGCGUCAGGUCCUGCGGCUCCAGGAGCAGAGUGAGCGAUUCAUGGACAUCAUGAUGCACCCCUUGGAGGCGAAGGUGGCAGCGCUGGAGGGCCGGCAGCCAAUGCUGGACUGCAGCAUUGCUGAGCUGCGAGGGAACCUCAAGGGGCUGCAGGACUCCAUGGAAAUGCAGGUGCGGCGUGCUGACCAGUCAGAGGCGCGUCUCAGCAGAUGGCGCAAGAGCCUGGAGGACGAUGUGGUCAAGCUGGGCGAGAGGGGAGAGGUGCCCUCUGAUGUUGUGAGCCGUUCUGAGAUGGUAGAGCUGGCAAAAGUGCUCAAGAAGGAGCUGAAGAAGCUGGUUGACGAAGCAUUACAGGAUGACUCGUCCUUGCGUCAGGAGCUCGCUGCUUUGAGAAAGGAGCUGGUCAGUGUGGAAAAGGUCGCUGCUGACGCUGCCGCGCAGAAGUUGAGGGGCCAUCAGGAGCUUACAAGCGCGGCGGAAUCCAUUCGCGAAGAGAUGCAGUCCUUGUCGCAGAAGGCCAUCCAGGAAGAAGCCCUUUCCAAAGCUUCCAUGGGGGCCGUGCAGGACUUGGAGAAGGCGAGUGAGGCUUCAAGGAAGUCGAUAGAAGCCCUAUCACAGCGGCUGGCCAAGUGCGAGCAGAGUCAGGAGCUUCGACAGCCGGAGGGUCCCAGCCAGCUGACCCAGAGAUUAGCAAAGUGCGAGAAGUUUGAUGAGGAGUUCCAUCAAGCACUGAAAGAGCAAAGCCGUCGAUUGCGCAAGUUGGAGGAUCUUCAAAGCGAGCUGCACGACAGCCGCAGAGCUCUUGCACCGAUUGAGGCCAGUGAGGCCUCGCAUAUUGCGCUCGUAGAUCUAUCUGAGCGCCUUGCAAAGUGCGAACAGUCCAAUCAGGAGUUGCAGCAUCAGCUGAGUGGACACGGCGAGCAGCUGGAGUCGCAGGCCGGCACUUCCAACAAGUUGGAAGAACUGUCCACGCACCUUGCACGGUGUGAGCGACGCAUCGAGGAGUUGCGGGAGCUGCAGGAGGGUGAGACGCAGCCAAGUGAGGCAAUAGAUGACUUGUCUCAGCGCCUGGCACAAUGUGAGCAGAUGGGCAAGGAUCUUCAAAGCGAGCUGCACGACAGCCGCAGAGCUCUUGCACCGAUUGAGGCCAGUGAGGCCUCGCAUAUUGCGCUCGUAGAUCUAUCUGAGCGCCUUGCAAAGUGCGAACAGUCCAAUCAGGAGUUGCAGCAUCAGCUGAGUGGACACGGCGAGCAGCUGGAGUCGCAGGCCGGCACUUCCAACAAGUUGGAAGAACUGUCCACGCACCUUGCACGGUGUGAGCGACGCAUCGAGGAGUUGCGGGAGCUGCAGGAGGGUGAGACGCAGCCAAGUGAGGCAAUAGAUGACUUGUCUCAGCGCCUGGCACAAUGUGAGCAGAUGGGCAAGGAUCUUCAAAGCGAGCUGCACGACAGCCGCAGAGCUCUUGCACCGAUUGAGGCCAGUGAGGCCUCGCAUAUUGCGCUCGAAGAUCUAUCUGAGCGCCUUGCAAAGUGCGAACAGUCCAAUCAGGAGUUGCAGCAUCAGCUGAGUGGACACGGCGAGCAGCUGGAGUCGCAGGUACCUGGAGAUGAUUUGGAGGAGGGGGAGGUUUACCUUUCGGACGGUCAACUCAUGUUGCUGGACCUUCAGCGCAGGGUUUCCUUGCUGGAGCUGUCAGGCGCUGAAGAGCAGGCCCCGAAGCCGGUGCUCAGCCAAGCCGCCGAGUUGAUCCAAAGCAUCGAGCUUGACUUGCAUCGCGCUCGACAAGCCGUAGGUGAUGGCUCUGGCGAGCUUGCCGAUCUCCAGGCUGAUCAUCAGGAAACGAGCAGCAACGAGGUCUUUGGAGAGAAUCGCGUUGCCCCGAUUCCUGGAGCUCAUCAGCUUCCUCCCUUAGCAGCUAUGAAAGUGAUGGCAUCGCCGCGAUUGCAGCGGCUGUCUAUGACUCCUCGCACGUCUGCGCAGGUGCAGGUGAGCAGUCCUGCCAGCGAAACGUUUCCCAAUGCAGCGCUGAAGCAUGAGCUCAGUGUUGAGCUGAGAGCAGAGGUCGCUGCGGUUUGGGAUGCGGUGGCCGAACUGGCGGAGAUUGUGGGAGACGCGACGCCUGCAAGCGCUGUGAGGACUUCCGGACCAAGCCUUGGAGGUGUCCAAAGCGUGGCCAACACUGCGCUGGUCACUGCCGAACAGUGCCAGCGCUCAGUGGACUCCAUGGGUGGAGAGCUUCGAGAUUUGCAAGGCAGCCUGCAGGAGCUGGACUCGCGUGUGUAUGGUUGUGAGAGGAAGCUGAAAGAUUCCCAGGACGAAUCUGAGCCGUUUGCCACCUUCGGCAUGCGCAGCUUCAGAUCAGCUGCGGCGGCUGUGCACAGCGCGCCUUGCCGAGAGGCUUCCAGCCCAGAUACGGAGUCGAUAGCGAAGUACGCCCUGGCGGCUGCAUACUUCGUCCGAUUCCAAGAGGAUCAUCCUCUUCGCCGGCUAUGGGAGGAGUGUCGUCUUGAGGCGAAGAGCCACCCGGAACCGCCAGAGUCCUGGGAGUCUUCGGAGUCCUUGGAGUUGUUGGCCAAAGGCUUGGCAGCCGCUUUGGCUUCGGGCGAAGCAAACAAAAUGGUGGAGGCUUUGAUGGAGCAGUUGCCGGCUCCGCCUUUCGAGCUGGAGGCAGCUCGCCGAGAAGUGUUUGAGGGUGCCAAAGCUGCACUCGGCCCCCGGGAAAUUCAUAGAUUGAAGUGAGCUCCGGGAGCCGUUAGAUUCAUAGAUUGAAGCUCCCGGAGGGAGCAGCUGAAAACGAGGCUUCGGCAAGGGUGAGAC